CCGUUGCUGCCAAUGGCGCGAUUCCCGCAGCAGAGAGGACUCGUCUCGGCCCUUGCGGUGGGCCUUGCGAUGACCACGAGGGUGGCUUCUUUCAGGGCAUACUCUUCUGUCCGAUCUCUCUCCUCCUACCGACGACCAGCGGCUCGCCCCACCAACGGCCGUCCACUCGAUGGGGGAAGCAGAGCACCCGACCGGUGGGUCAACUCUAGAGCCGGGCAGCGGCCGCGCAUGAGCACCGCCGCCGCGCCGGCCGCCGCCGCGCCUGCUGUUGCGGUAGAGGUGGUGGAGAAGGAGGAGCUACCGACAAACGAGGGUUCGCCGGAGCUGUUGAAGAUCCGGCAUACAUCGGCGCACGUGAUGGCCAUGGCGGUGCAGCGGCUGUUUCCGGGGACGCAGGUUACGAUCGGACCCUGGAUCGACAACGGGUUUUACUACGACUUCUAUAACGAGGAGACGACGAUGACAGACUCUGACCUGAAGAAGAUCAAGAAGGAGAUGGACAAGAUCAUCAGACAGAAGCUCCCGCUCGUGAGAGAGGAAGUCACCAGGGAAGAGGCAAGAAGUCGCAUUGAGGCCUUGGGGGAACCCUUCAAGCUUGAGAUUCUGGACUCGAUCAAGACGGAGCCCAUCACGCUUUACCACGUGGGAGACCAGUGGUGGGAUCUGUGCGCCGGCCCCCACGUUGAAACAACUGGCGACCUUCCCCAGAAGGGCAUCGAGCUGCAGACGUUGGCCGGUGCCUACUGGCGCGGAGAUGAGAACAGGCCGGCGCUACAGCGUAUCUACGGCACCGCGUGGGAAAACCCUGCCCAGCUCAAGGAACACAAGCGGCGUAUGGUGGAGGCCAAGCGGCGAGAUCACCGCGUUCUGGGCAAGAAGCUCGACCUUUUUUCGCUACAGGAAGACGCCGGCGGUGGCCUGGUGUUUUGGCAUCCGAAGGGGUCGACUAUCCGAAUGCUGAUCGAGAACUUCUGGAAGGCCCAGCACCUCGAUAAAGGUUACGAGCUGCUCUACACUCCGCACGUAGCCAACCUCGACCUGUGGAAGACUUCCGGGCACUUCGACUUCUACAAGGACGGGAUGUUCGACCAGAUGGAUGUGGAGGGAGACCAGUAUCAGAUCAAGCCCAUGAACUGCCCCUUCCACUGCCUCGUGUACAAGGACGACCUUCGCUCUUACAGAGAGCUUCCGAUCCGUUGGGCCGAGAUGGGCACGGUGUACCGUUACGAACGAAGCGGCACUCUCCACGGGCUGAUGCGAGUGCGAGGCUUCACCCAGGACGACGCCCACAUCUUCUGCCUACCGGAGCAGCUGGAGGACGAGAUCAUCUCCGUGCUCGACCUGACAGAGGCGAUCUUGAGCCGAUUUGGUUUCGACAGGCGAGUGUGGGUUGGCGGUGUGGUGUUCAAGGUGACCAGGCGAUAA